AUGGAUUUUACCACUGAAGGCAGACUGGGAACACGGUGUCUGCUGCUCUCACUCCUGCUCCUCGCAGCCUGGGAGGCAGGGAGCGGCCAGCUCCACUAUUCCGUCCCCGAGGAGGCCAAGCACGGCACCUUCGUGGGCCGCAUCGCGCAGGACCUGGGGCUGGAGAUGGCGGAGCUGGUGCCCCGCCUGUUCAGGGUGGCGUCCAAGGACCGCGGGGACCUUCUGGAGUUGUUUGUGAAUUCUCGGAUCGACCGGGAGGAGCUGUGCGGGCGGAGCGCGGAGUGUAGCAUCCAUUUGGAGGUGAUCGUGGACCGGCCUCUGCAGGUUUUCCACGUGGAGGUGGAGGUGAGGGACAUUAACGACAACCCGCCUGUGUUCUCGGUAAAGGAGCAAAGAAUGUUAAUUUACGAAUCUAGACUGCCGGAUUCUUUGUUUCCACUAGAGGGCGCAUCAGACGCUGAUGUUGGCUCAAACUCUAUCUUAACCUAUAAACUCAGUCCCAGCGAAUACUUUGGGCUAGAUGUGAAAACAAACAGUUAUGGCAACAAACAAAUUGGACUCUUGUUGAAAAAAUCCUUGGACAGAGAGGAUGCUCCUGAGCAUAAGCUGCUGCUGACAGCCACGGAUGGAGGCAAACCUGAGCUCACAGGCUCUGUUCAGCUGCUGGUCACUGUGCUGGAUGUGAACGAUAACGCCCCUACUUUCCAGCAGUCUGAGUACGAAGUGAGAAUAUUGGAAAACUCAGACAACGGAACGACGGUUGUUAGACUGAAUGCUUCGGACAGGGACGAAGGGACGAAUUCAGAAAUUUCUUACUCUUUUAAUAGGCUGGUUCCACCCAUGGUUCUUGAGAAGUUUAGCAUAGAUACAGAUACAGGAGAAAUCGUAAUUCAAGGGAACUUGGAUUUUGAGCAAGUCGAUGUCUACAAAAUCCGCAUAGACGCGACAGACAAAGGACAUCCUCCGAUGGCGGGUCAUUGCACUGUUCUGGUGAAGGUGCUGGAUGAAAAUGACAAUGUGCCUGAGAUCACAUUGACUUCCUUAUCGCUGCCUGUUCGGGAGGACGCUGCACUGGGUACUGUCAUUGCUCUGGUUAGCGUUUCGGACCUGGACUCAGGUGUCAACGGGCAGGUGACCUGCUCCCUGAGUCCCCAUGUCCCCUUCAAGCUGGUGUCCACUUUCAAGAAUUACUAUUCGCUCGUGCUAGACAGCGCCCUGGACCGAGAGACCAUUGCUAACUACCACGUGGUUGUGACUGCCCGGGACGGGGGCUCGCCCUCGCUGUGGGCCACAGCCAGCGUGUCCGUGGAAGUGGCUGACGUGAACGACAACGCACCCACGUUCCCGCAGCCCGAAUACACGGUGUUCGUGAAGGAGAACAACUCGCCUGGCGCGCACAUCUUCACGGUGUCGGCCAUGGACGCUGACGCGCAGGAGAAC